AUGUCUCUGUCGGAUUCAGACACGGACGAGUUUUUCGACGCCGAGGACACUUCAUUGAACGCCGCCGGUCUCGGCACGGAACCGACGAGCCUCGAUAGCGCAAAUGACGCUGGUGACAGGGAAGCUCUUCGCAUCCGGGCGACUGAGGUCAAGGAACGCGCGCGGAGAAUCGAAAUCAGGCGACAGCGACUCCUGCGAGAAGAUGACGACACUUGCCAGCCUGGUAGAUCCGGACUGCUCCCCCAUGCCGAUGACUGCUCGAGCUCCUACACCGAAAGUAUGGCCUCCUCCUCAGUUGAGGGAUUGUACCUGAACAAGGUCAAGCAGCAAGGCGCUGCAUCUUCAACUCCGGCGAGUCAACAGCAUUCUUCGUCUUCGCCUGGCGACGUCUCUCUACUGACCCAAUCGUCGUCAUCCCAUCGGACGAAUGAGCCCGACUUGGUGGCGUCGACGAAGCCAACAUCCUUCCCUCAAGAUUUCGCACCCCCCGUUGCACCGCCCAGGCGACGCAAGAAAUCGCAAAGCAAAGCUGGUUCCCGCCAAUCGCCGAACCCGUCUGCCUACGACAGCGAUGAUGCGAUGAGCGUCAAUUCUGUUCAGCCGAUGGGUUUGCCUCGACCCCCAGUGGAAACGCCAACAUCAUCGAUUGGCAGAGAUUUCAUGCUUCCGGUGGAGAAUGUCCAAAGAGGAUUCUUCGUCGUCAAACCCCAGGUACCCGAGGAUAAUGAUGCGGACAAAGGAAUGUCAAAAGAAGAAGUUCGUCAAGCCGAGGGAAAACCGCCACGGAGACCGAGUAAUGCAAGCGUGAAAACACUUGAAUAUAAAACUCCGGAGAACUCUCUCAAGCAAAAUUAUAUGCCAAGAUUACGCACGGACUCGGGACGCCAUUUGUCGGAUAUUGAAAUUCUCGAGCAAAUAGAAGUUUUGAACCUUGACACCGGAGAGAAGAUUCCCUUAAGUGUGGCUGAGGACAAAUUACCGCAGUGUGUGAAUCCUCUCAGCUUGCAUUUAAUGCGAAUCACUCAGGAAUAUGUCAGUCCCUGGUUCAAGAACCGGAAGAAGAAAAGAUACCUCAGAAGGAAGGACAAGCUCGAGUCUCAAGAUGGACUCGACGCAGAUCACGACGAAGAAAGGUGAAACUCCACUAUCGAGGCUCGACUUGGAAACUGACAGAUCUAUGUUUUCAGCUCCACAACGAAACUCGAUGGUUCGGAUUCAGAAAGCACCGCUCCCGCGGGAGCCGUCACCGAUGAGCCGCCGGAAGAGGAGGCAUCGGGAACUUUGAAAAAGAAAGCGACUAAGCUGAGGCGGAAAAUCGGCAAGAAGUUGGAAGCUACAGUGUCCAAAAUCAAAACGGUCGCUGACGAGAAACUGCAGCAAUGGCACUCACAGCACAGCGCCGAGGACCAGCCAGAGCUCGACUUGAUGACUUUGGACACUCAGCAGGAUAAAAUAAAAGUUACGACCUCGUCGAAAAAUCAGAAAUCUGACUUCGACGGAAUACGCGAGGUGCAAGCUAUCAGAGGAAUCCAUCAAGGAGCGAUUUGGACCAUGAAAUUCUCUCAUUGUGGCAGACUCCUGGCGAGUGCGGGUCAGGACCACGUCCUGCGCGUAUGGGUCUUGCGAGACGCGUUUGAGCACUUCAGUGAAAUACGGCGGAAAAGUCAGAACGCGAGCAGGGAUCGGGAGGACAGCAUCACGGAAGCCAGUAUGAUGGACCAACGCGACAAAGAGGUAAUAUUCGCCAGCAACACCAGGGGAGAUGAGGAAGGUAAUGAAAUCAAUGCCGAGGAUCGGGGACCCUUCAUGCCUACUCCAUUUGUGGUCUACGAGGGCCAUACGGCCGAUGUUCUUGACCUCUCCUGGUCGAAAUCCUAUUUUGUUCUGUCGUCGUCAAUGGACAAAACCGUUCGGCUCUGGCACAUAAGCCGCGCGGAGUGUCUUUGUGUCUUCCAUCACGUCGAAUUCGUCACGGCCAUCGCAUUCCAUCCACGAGACGAUAGGUAUUUCUUGAGCGGCUCGUUGGAUGGGAAGCUGCGACUCUGGAACAUACCGGAUAAAAAAGUGCACUUGUGGAACGAAUUAGAAGGAACACACACGAAAUUGAUAACCUGUGCAAACUUCUGUCAAAAUGGGAAAUUUGCCGUUGUCGGAUCAUACGAUGGCCGCUGUGUUUUCUACACGACAGACCAGCUCAAGUAUUACACCCAAAUCGCGGUCCGCAGCUCGAGGGGGAAAAAUUCGGCGGGGAAAAAAAUCAGCGGAAUCGAACCCAUGCCCGGAGAGGACAAGAUCCUGGUCACGAGUAAUGACUCUCGGAUUCGACUGUACGAUCUCCGAGACCUGUCGCUGUCUUGCAAGUACCGGGGUUUGGUGAACGUCAGCAGUCAAAUCAAGGCCACAUUCAGUCCAGAUGGCCGAUACGUGAUCAGUGGAAGUGAGAACGCAUUCACCUACAUCUGGAAAACCUACCACGACCAUUCAACCUUCUCGUCCGCGCGUAGGGACCGCAACGCAUUCUGGGAAAACAUCAAAGUUCAUGAAGCCUCGGUGACGUCAGCUGUCUUCGCCCCGAAAGCCGAUAUCAUCAUGAAGCAGUUAGACGACGCUCUCAUUCCACCUUCGGUCGCUUCGGAAACCGCCAAAAACUAUGUCAUAGUGUCGGCAGAUUUUCGGGGAGAUAUCCGAGUUUUCGCACAUUCGAUGCGCUCGGAAUGAUCUCGUCAGGGGGCGCUGCUCGUGAUGUGUUGUAGCAGUGCAGACGAAGAAGAACAGCUCGCGGGCGCGACCCCCACCUCACAGACCAAGCUGGAAGCUCGUGACACAACGUAAGGAACGAUAACGGUCGUUGUGUGCCGUUCUUCUGCCUUUCAAUUCAUUCCGUCUUCGGAGACCCGACCGGUUUCUUUAGGAGCCGUCGAUCUCUGUCAGGGUUGUGUCAAUGGAGAAAGCUCACUACAUACAACAAUCAUUGCCUUGGUAUUUCCGACCCGGGAAAUC